AGGGGGAGUGGUCUCUAGUUCUAGAUUAGAGGACCGUUGAGCUUGCUCACGGCCUUGCAUUUGUGAUCUCUAGCAUUCGGCUAGAAGAUUGUUGUGUCUUUUCCUACAAUCUCUUUCUUUUCUUAUUGAUCUAUUUGUUUUUCCUUUUGGGUUUGCAUCACACACACUUAGAAGUUGGUUUCCAUUGAUCACAACUCUAGUGGGGCCCAUUGGUAUGCCCGAUCACAAUAUCCAACCUUUAAGUAGAUCCAAACCAUUGAUCAGUUAGGUCCAUCUUAUAGAAGUCUUAGAGAUUUAUAUCUCAAAAAUCAUAGAAGACAAUUUAUCCAUUCAAUCCAUGACCUUACAGCAGAAAAUAAAAACAGCUGACAGUCAAUUAUGCAGUGGGAUAAACCAUAGAAAAAGUAAUGGAUAGGAUUGUCUUAUUUGUUUUAUUUUUAAAAUGUAAGUUAUAUGUCCUAGUGCCACUAUAAAUGGGUGAAUUCAAUUGAUAAUCACACUGCCAUGUGACUGUGCUUCUUCGCUUGGGGAUCUGAUUUUAAGGUAGGAGAUGAACGAGAACAGCGGUAAACUGGUGCAACCGAAAAGGAGAAUUGCAACGCUGUUUUGUAGAGGAAUCUCCACGAAUUGGUAGAUCCAUCAAGAUACCCAAUCCAUCACCUCAAUCUUCAUUUAACUAUUCUUUGAAGGAGCCGUAAGAAGAUGAGGAAGAGCUCGAUAUCCAUUGUCUUCCUCCUGGGUCUUCUCCUGCGUUCAUUAUCAGCGAAAUCCAAAGAAGAGCCACUCGCACCGGCUUUAUAUGCAUUCGGAGACUCUCUAGUCGAUAGUGGAAACAACAACGGUCUUCCGACACUAAAUAAAGUGAAUUACAUGCCCCACGGUAUAGAUUCGUCAAUGGGCCCACAGGGAGAUUCCACCAAUGGCAAGACAGUUGUGGACUUCAUUGCUCAGAUGCUUGGGCUACCCUUUGCUCCACCGUACUUGGGUCUUUCAAGGGCUCAGAGAUCCCAAAUCAUAACAGGUGUGAACUACGCAUCAGGUGCAGCAGGCAUUCUUCCAGAAUCAGGAAGAAGAAUGGGAAAGUGCAUUUCGCUCAAGGAACAGGUUGAUUACUUCCAAAGUACCAUUGAAAUGGACCUAGCACGAAAUUUCAAGGACCUCGAAGCCAUUUCGGACCACUUAUCUAAGUCCAUUUUCUUUAUCUCAAUUGAAAGCAAUGACUAUAUCAACAACUAUCUACAACCCGAUUACUACAACACUAGCAGGCAAUACUCUUCUCAGAAGUUUGCUGGGUUCUUAAUGCAUCAUCUAUCUGAACAGUUGAAGAAAUUGUAUAAGCUAGGAGCGAGGAAGAUGGUCAUCUUUGAGAUUGGCAUACUCGGGUGUAUCCCAAGCUUUACGAAUGCAAAUAAUUCCAACGGAACUUGUGUCGAAGAAGUAAACAAGUUCGUAUUUGAAUACAAUCGCCUUCUUCCAGUGCUGCUGAAGAAACUGAAAUCCGACCUGUUCGGAUCGUUUUUCAUUCAUGGACAGGCUUUUGAUUCUGGCCUCAAUGUCUACCAAAACCCUUGUUUUAAAUAUACGAAUAUCCCAUGCUGCAUCGUCAACCACAAUGAGACCAAACUAUUCAUUCCCGGUCAAGCACCAUGCAAGGACAGGGACCAACAUCUUUUCUGGGAUUCAUUUCAUCCAACACAAGCCGCAAAUGCCAAAACAGCUGCUGGAUGCUUCAACCAGUCGACCACAUGCUCUCCGAUGAACAUCCAACAGCUUGCACUUAUUAAGAAAGAUAACCCACAUUUUGAUCUGAUUGAAGUGGAUUGAAACUAGAUCCUUGAAUUUUUUAUUAUUUUUUUUUCUUUUUUCUUUUUCCAUUUUGUGAAUUAAAAUCUGAAAAUAAGUUCACUUAAGCCAUGUUUGGAAGCCAAGGAUUCUAUUCAGAAAACCGUUUUCCUUUGAUGUGACUAUUUGUGUUGUUUGGAUAGCAAAGAAUGGGUACAAAUUCUUCAUUGGACUCUCAGCACAAGAAACUAGGUAAGUAUUGUGAGAGGAACAUAACAUUUGCAUUUGCUAUUCCAACAAGAACUCAAAUUGGAAUCCAUGUUUUAAUAGUUGUCAUGUAAAUUACUAUUUGAAUUAUUAUUUUGUUCUCUUUCUUUUGCUUUGGAUUCCAUGUAUCCAAACAUGCCCUUAAGAUUGUCAAAAUUGUAAAAAAUUUAGGCUAUCAUUUCUCUAUACUGAGGAAAAUGAUCUUAUAUACUUGAUUAUUUUUCAUUAAUUGUAAUUUUGACUUUUAUGUAAUAUGUUCUUAUAUCAUUAUUAAGUUUGUUAUUCUUUUGGCAGUAUGAGAUGUGCCAUUAGAUUCUUUUUUUUUUUCUGCUCUUGAUGUUAUGGUUAUAAAGGGUUGCUCUAGCCGUGUCAUGCUUUUGGUCAUGGCAUGCUUUGUGCUGGUCUUGAGCUGCUUGAGCCUGUUGACCCAACGUUUUCUUAGUUUGUGUAGAAUUUCGAUCAGCAUAUCAUCAUCUACCAGCUGCUUUAACGUUUACAAUGCAGCGUUUCACUUUCUUUGCAGGAUCCUUGGAUGGCUUUGUGCUUGACCCAUACACCACUCCCACAAUUCCAGCCUACGCAGAUAAUAACUCCAUAUACAAUGACUUGUAGUUAGUGUUAUUAAGACUCCUGGAAAACACAAUUGCCAAAUUUCUAAUCUUCUCCACUCAGAAUAUUUAUUUUAAUGACUCCAUGUACCUGAGCUUCUACUGGGUAUUCUUUUAGGGAUUAAAUGAUAUUGAAUUGCAUUAAGUGGAAUUAACAUCAUUA